AUGUCACGUUGUCCCCCGAAGUCUAAAGGUGAGAAGAAAAAAACUAUUUUGGCAUUAUCACACAUUUCCCACCAUAUGAAAAAUAUGAACAAUGUCAUGUCAUGAUUUUGCAGAUUUAAUAGAUCCAAUGUUCUUCUUACAGAGAAUGUUGCUGAGGAAGACACUUCUGCUGAGCUCUCUGUUGGUGAGCUGCUGGCCAGAGCCAACAGCGAUCUCAGUAAGUUGGCACUAUGUUCAAUGCUCAAGGAUUAAAGAGCAUUUUAUGACUAGAGUAACCUGUUCUACGUGUUCUAUUCUCAAGCCCCCGAAGCUGAUGAGCCUACUCUGAUGGGAGACAUUGCCAUGCCCUCUGAGAAGAACGCUGACCCCUGCACCGGCCGCGGGUGUAUGUGGCAAAAGUACAGUGAUGGAAGAAUCUGGGUGCCCUAUGUCAUUGCCAACCACUUCUGUAAGUGUUCACUUUCGUGUACAUUUAAUUUCAUAUGUUGAGAUAUUGUACAAGCGAUACAAUAAUUUGACUAUCUCUUGUUCUUAAUUUGAUCUCUACAACAGCAUCUCGCGAAGUAGCCAUCAUUCAGCGUGGUCUUGACUCCUUUGCCGAAACUACCUGCAUCCGCUUCUUCCAGCGCCAGAAUGAGAGGGACUAUCUCAGCAUUGAGAAUCGCAGCGGGUGAGCCUGAAUAUAAAUAACAUAAUUAAACAAUUAGAAUAUUACAUCAACACAUAGUUUAUUGAAUUUCCCAUUGAGGAUCAUCCAUACAAUAAUUGUUUUUGCAAACCUGCCCGCUUCCUUUAUCCUUCAUGAUUUACCUUUAUCUUUCAUUAGCCUGAAGUUUUCUGAACCUUAUGCUGCGUUCGUAACAAAGUGGGAAGUGGAGACGACAAAACAUUAUUUAUAAACAGCCAUCUAUUAAUAUGGUUUUUGAACACUAUAAUUAGUUUACAAGCAUGAUAGCUGUACUUUUAGUUUAUGGUUUACACAAGUUGUUGGCCAUUAGACAAUCAGCGUUUCUCAACGAGUUCAAAGCCUGUAAAUGCAUCCAACUGGUAUUCAUGACUUCACAACUGGUAAAUUACCACCUCCCACUUGGUUAUGAACACAGCAUUACUGAACUGACUACAUACAUCAUUAGGAUAUUUUCUGCCAUUGGAUUUAAUGUUCCGCCUUGAUCCUCCGCUGCCCUAUAUCCUCAGCUCUAGAAUUUCAAUAACAUCAUUAAACAAUUAUGUCACAUCAACACAUAGUUAAUUGAAUUUCCCUUUGAGGAUCAUAAUCCAUUAUCCUGAGGUUUCCUAAAACACUUACAAUGAAUUAGAUGAUUAGGGUAGGCCCUAUUUCUGGCCUUGGAUUGGUGCACCUUGACCCUCCUCUGCUCUUCUUCCCAGGUGCUACUCUUAUGUUGGCCGUCAGGGUAAUGCCCAGACUGUGUCUCUGGCCCGUCAGGGCUGCCUGUACCACAGCACCGUCCAGCAUGAGCUCCUCCACGCCCUGGGCUUUAACCAUGAGCAGACCCGCAGCGACCGUGACAACCACAUCCGUGUCGCCUGGGAGAACAUCAUUGAUGGUUUGAUACCUUUAUCCUGUUUCCCUUUCACUGACAUGAAUUUCUAAUGAUACGAAAUGGAGUGCCUCUAUCUCACUGAUAAUUCUAACAAUAGACACUGGGUUUUUAAAUGUGUGACUUCUUUGGGGUUGCAUAUAACUUGUCAGCACGCCUGCUUUUACUUUUUGUUUGUCCAGCUGUAACGUUAGUGUAAUCUAUAGACUCCACACUUGAGGCCUAUAGAUCAGUAGUUCCCAACCUUUUUUCUCUGGAGCCCCCCCCCUACUUGUAUCUAAGAAAAGCUGAGCCUCCCCCCAAAAAAAUUAUAAUAAAGUGAUUCAUUCCAAAUCUUUAUUGGCAAAAAUGUACAUCAAUUAUAGUUUUUAUUUCCUUUUCUCUUUGGUUUGCCCUGGUUAUCUUUGUGUAUAAUCAACUGUAGGCCUAUACACACACAUUGUUACCAAAAUAAUAAUAAUGAUUCAUUAUCAGUGUAAUAAGUGAUUAACAGCACCUAUAUAGCUCUGUCCUAGAUCUUCCUCAGACCAAUUAACUGAAACGGGGCAGUUUGUUGCAUACACACAUGCACAUCAUGUGAACACUGGUUUUGACACAGCUAUAAUGUAUGUGUUAUAAAAAUAACAAUAAGUAACAAUAACAAACAGUACGUUACAAUCAAUAACUUGUUCCUUCCUUAAAAAACGAAUGGCCACCUUGGGCCUGCAUACCUCUGACCAGGGAUGGGAUGUCAGGUGUGAUGCUAGUGACAGCCAGCCUAAAGUCCUGGUGGACAUCGAGCCUGUUAAGGGCAUUUGUUUUUAUUGUUACAAGCGCGCUGAAGGCCGUCACAGACAGGUAUGUAGUGCUGAAUGGUAGAAUAACCCUUGUAGCUGCGUGUUUGGCCAGUCUGGGUGCAACAGCGUGUCCUUUGACAAUCCAAAACAUUUUGUAUCCGUUCUCGUGGAAAUAUUUAUUUGACAUAGAAUCGGCUUGAAGGACAGCAAGCUCAUCUUCACAGCCGAGGUAUUCCACAUCCUCGAGACUGCAAAUAUAAGGUUCCAUCACCCACGAUUCCUUUGAUAAGUAUUCGUCAACAUCGGCAAAACGGGAUUUAAUUUCCUCCCGAAGCAUGUUCAUGUUCCUGGUAAACUCAGUGCGUAAAGACGCAGGCACAGUGCCACCAGACUGUUUCAUCAGCAGUGGAGACUGUUGUAGCUCCCCUUUUGACAUUUUUCCAACUCUGUACUCCAGUUUCCGCACAAAAGCUCGGGAGAGUCUUUGCACUGCAUGACGUUUGAUUCAGGACCCUGCAUCCGCUUGUUUGUCUCAUUGUAGAGAGUGAAUGUAUCCGCUAGGUAUGCCUUUUUGAUCUAAAACGCAUCAGUCAGCUGUUCGCACAGUCGUCGAUUGUGAUCUUGCAAGAAUUCCUUAAUUUUUUCAUGCAGUUCCAUAAAACGCACAAGCACUUGUCCACGUGACAACCAGCGUACCUCUGUGUGUAACAGCAGUGUUUGAUGCGCUUCAUCCUCACACAGCUGGGCAAACAGUCUCUUGUUAGUAGGGCGAGCCUUAAUAAAGUUGACAACUUUAACAACAGUUACCAGGGUGUUACUAAGGUCUUCCGAAAGUUUUUUACUGGCCAAUGCUUGGCGAUGUAGCAUGCAGUGGAAAAUUGCGCACCCCGUGGCUUUUAAAUCGGCUGUUAAAUCCCUUGUUUUUGCCCAUCAACGCUGCAGCCCCAUCAGUGCAGCAUGCAACAAUAUUCUCGUUGGUCAGAUUGUUGGACGAGAGAUAUGAGUCCAUAGCUAUAAAAAUAUAUUGGCCUGUUGUUGUUGUGGCUAGAUUGGUAGACAUAAGAAUGUCUUGUUUCAAGUCAUCACCAUCAAUAUUUUGCACGGAUUCGACUGACACUGUUGUUGUUUCAUCCAACUGAAGGGAACAUUCCUAAGCUUCUCGUGCAGCUGGUUUUAACAAUCUCCAGCCAUUUUAUAAAUUCUGUCUUUGACAGUGUUGUCAGAGAGUGGGACGGUUCUCACUGUAUCCACCACCUGUGGGCCACACAGCCUCUCUACAAUGUUCUUUUAUUCAUAAAAUAGUGAUGCUCUGACUGCAGGAAAAACAAGCUGCUAGCUGAAACGGAUUGAGUGCGGGUCAUUGAUGUGCACAAUUUUUUUCCGGGGAAUUACUGCUUUUACGUUUCUCUGUCAUUAUUGUUAUUUUUUAGAUUGGCCUUGGCAUUGCAAACAUAUGAUUUUUAAUAACAUUUAAAAAUGUAUUAAUUUUACAAUUAAAUUAUAGUGGAAAAUGUUAUGCAUGUUUGACCCCAAAGCAAAUGAGAUCACGCGCCCCCCCCUCCCCCCCGUGAACUCUGGCGCCCCCCUAAGGUGGGCGCGGACCCCAGGUUGGGAACCACUGCUGUUUUUGUAUGGAGGUCAAUGAGAGAGUGGCAAAUUUGGUUAACUAAAAAUGGAUUGGCUUAUUUGAUCAAAUAUAAGUUUUGUAAUGCUUAGGUUGUUACUAGUGUAAUGAUAUAAGUAGGACACAUGACAUCCCGGCAACUUUGAGAAAAAACACUUUAUAUCAGAGUUGUCCCUGUUGUCACACUUGUAUCUGCCGUCUCAUUGGCUAGAAUGGCAGCCUGGGUCUCAUACACUAGACAUAACAUAGUAAAUGUAAAUCCGGGACACUCACAUUAGUAUGAUAUGUUAUGUUUGGUAUGGUUACAUAAGACAGAAGGUUACUUAAGGCAAAAAGAAAGGAGGGUGUAUAACGCGAAUGUCUAGCAACCCAAAGGUUGCGUGUUUGAAUCUCAUCACGAACAACUUUAGCAUUUUAGCUAAUUAGCACAUUUUCAACUACUUACUUAUUUUUAGCUAAUUUGCAACUACUUAGCAUGUUAGCUAACCCUUCCCCUAACCUUAACCCUUUCAGCUAACCCUUUUCUUAACCUUAACCCUUUAAUCUAACUCCUAAACUUAACCGUAACCCCUAGCCUAGCUAGAGUGGCCAAUGGAGUAGCCUAUCUGGUCAAUAUAAUGGAUAAUCUGUGGGGAGGCGUGCCCUGCUGAAAUCGAACCAUAAUCUGCAUCUCUUUUCCAUCUCUUUUCCAUAAAAUAUAUGUUUGAAUUGUCAAACUAGUUUUCAUUGGGAAUGCAGAUCUUGGGGUCUAUUCAAUCUGUAUAGAUGAAGCACUAUAGAUUGCAUGAUAGAAAUGUCAAGGUCAUUUCCGAUUGAGCCGACAUAUGCAGCGUUUACCAUGAAUCCAGUCUCCGCUAACACAGGAAUAUUGCCUUUACAUUUCAAUUAUGCUGUAAUGCCGAACUUCCGCAAUAUGGACUGAAUAAAGCCCAAAACGUUUGUACCAAAAGCAAUCACAUUUGCAUGUUAAAACAAAGAAUCCUACAUUACUCCACAUGCUUAACAUACUUCACUUUUGAUUUGCGCCCAAUUCGCCGUUGGCCAGAGCGGAGGCAGCCCGUUUCCAAAUGAAUGCAAUCACUUUGCACCCGGGCCAUCUUAAUCGAAUCCCCUUACUGACCUUGCUCAUGAAGUAGAUUGAAACACAGCCUAUCAACUCUGUGAACAUUUUGUCUUAUGUUUUCCAGAGUAUAAGUACGCAUUCGACAAGAUCGCCACCCUGAACCAGGGAACUUCCUAUGACUACAACUCUGUCAUGCAGUACCACAGGUCAGCUAUGAUGUCUUUAUAAUCAUUACAAAUAUUUCUGGAGUGGACCCUUAUUGUAUUGUAAGUGCUAUUACUCCAUCCAUUCCUCAGUGAGCUUUCAUUCAGGCCAAGCUAUACUGUACCUUCAUUAGUGACAUUGUUGAGUAGACCUGAAUAUUGAUGUAUUGUGAUUUGGUGUGGUUACAGGUACGCCUUCUCCAAGAACAACCGCCCCACCAUGGUGCCUUUCCCAGACAGUAACGUGUCUUUCGGCGAAGCCACUCAGAUGAGCAAGAACGACAUCGACAGGCUGAACAGGCUGUAUGGCUGCUGUGAGUACUGCCACACUGAACAAUUUACAGUACUUGGGUUUGGAUGAUUCAAUCUAGGCCAAGGCUGCUCUUCCCAAGAGCUAAUAUAGCUGUAAUAUAUCUAGAGCUUAAUAACUGUGAGAACUGUGACAUUGAGGGUGGGAGAAUAUAUCACAAUGGACAUAGCUUUAUGUGUAGGAUUAAAUAAUCACACAUUUUCUCUCCCCAAUAGAAACAGUUGGAUACCUGUGGUCUCACUUCCGAUGGACUCAAGAUCAUUCCGCUGAAGGAGUAG